CCCCCAGCACCUCCCCCAGCACGCAGCGCACCGCCGCGCCUCGGUCGACAUGGAGUUCGACGAAACCUUCAAGAUCCUGCUCGUCGGCGACAGCGGCGUCGGCAAGUCCAGCAUCCUGCUCAGGUUUACCGACGACGUCUUCGAGGCUAUGCAGCCCACUAUCGGCGUCGACUUUAAGGUCAAGGCGAUGAAGGUCGACAAUCGCAGGGUCAAGAUGACCAUCUGGGAUACAGCUGGGCAAGAGCGAUUUCGAACGCUCACAAGCGCCUACUAUCGAGGCGCACAUGGCGUGAUACUGGUUUACGACGUGUCAAAACGGGAGACGUUCGAGGCGCUCAAGGACGUAUGGCUGAAGGAGGUCUCGAUGUACAGUACAAGGAGCGCGGCCGUGAAGAUGGUGGUGGGGAACAAGGUCGACAUCGAGGACCGCCAGGUGUCCCGGGAAGAGGGCCUGGCGUUUGCACGCCAGCAGAGCACUCUUUUUGUCGAGUCCAGCGCGAAGACCGCCUCCGGCGUGCAGCAGACCUUUGAGGAACUGUUGCGGAAGAUCUUGGAAACUCCACAACUUUGCACCUCGGAUAGCGCCGCGGGCAACAUUCAACCGUCCGCGAGCGGGCAGGGGUCUUCGUAUGCGGAGAGCUGCUCAUGCUAGACAGCACGGUUCGGGUAAAAUGGCUGGACGACGCGUUGCGCGACUCCUUGUUUUAACUGUGGUACACAUACACCGUAUAAGUUUUUGGCAAAAUUUUAUAAAUCACCACUCUUUCUUCGUUACCCUUUAGUGCGAGACGCGAUUCGAAAUGUCGCGGUCAGCAAAGAGGAUCACUGCGGGAACAUUCAUUCAAGGUAAAAGGGUACCAAACACCUUGAGACAGGGAUUCUGCAUAUACUUGAGAGGUGUUUUAAUGGC